AUGGUUGACGGCGUUCCUUUCAAGUUGGACAACCAUCAACUAUCUUCUCCUACUGGCGUGCAGAGCGCUAAUUAUCUUUCUUCUCCCCUAAGUGCCAUUGCCAACAUCUCUGCUCUCUCAACCUCUCUUGGAGUGCGAGCAGUGCUAAAGAAGAUCCCGACGCAGGAGGAGGAGCACAAGAAACAAUCAAACCUGCCUCACCCUGCUCGGCCCUUACUUUUUCCGUCCACGCACGGCCCGCAAGUGACAGGCGCGAGGAAGGACGGCAAUGCAAAGCACUGUACUAUGAUGGGCUUUAGCCUUUCACUGGCAAUGUCCAUGAGCUACACUCCAAGCAAAAUCCACAUCCUCAAAAAAGAUAUUUCGGCUUUGGUUAAUGAUCUUUCAAUACAUCCUAGUACUUUAAGUAGCCAAGCCCGGGCCGCACAGCCGCAAGUUCUUGCCUCACAGAAAAGCUUUUUCAAUGGCAACUCCGGAUCAGUUGGACAAUGGGAGAGUCAACCAUCUCCGACGCCUCCAGCUAUCCUUGGUACGACCGGUACUCCCCCUUCCACUUGCAGAGUCCGAGCACAUAACACUACCCUGCAGACCGCGUCCUUCAGAAAAAUGAUAUCCCCCUACAUCGGUUCGCCCCCCGAAUUUAUCAACCUUCUCAACAACCUCCUCGACCAUGCCAUUUCCAUCCAAUCCUCCCACUUCGUCGUUGCCGUCGUCCCUCUGCUGCGUUCUCUUGCGGUGUUUCUCUUUCUCCGUACCUUUGUGAGGUACCUCUUCGGGUCCCCUCCACGCAGCAGCCAAUUCAAUUCUCAAGUGGAGGAUCCCGCGCCGCCAACCGUAGAGUCGAAAGUCGACAUCCCUCCUCCCGUUAACCCGCACCUCUUGGAAGUCAUCAUUGAUUCCUGUCGUGGAGACUCCGAUUGGUUUAAUCGAGUAAUGCGGGGUCUCGCUAUACAGCGGCAACAAGCAACCUACAAAGGGAAAGUCGGGAUGAACAUCUACUUGGUCAAUCGCCGCGCAGGUGCCUCCAUGACAGAGUCAUACGCGGCUUUAUGCGUGGCGUGGGGCAUAGCGACCGGUGACCCAGAUCACAAGGAUGUCGCAUUUGAAGUUAAAGUUGAUGAGGAGGAGUGUAUUUUUCGUGAUGAGAGGGCCCGGGGUUCGCUUGACGAGGAAAUGUGUCCUACGGGUUUCAAUGCCCCAGUUCAAGAUUUUUCCGUGGCAGACUUCCUCGACAUCGGGGAAAAGCCUCACGUCACCGGAUUCCACUGGAAAGGCCAGUUGUUUUGCCUUCCCGAAACGUUGAGGCUGCCAUACCUCCGCCAUACUCCCAAUCUCGCAACUCUCACACUGACAAGUUGUGACAUCGCCAUUGACGACUUUGUUGGGAUCCUGCAGUAUUGUCCAAAGCUUGAGACUGCUGAUGUCGACCGCAUUGGCGCCAACACCCCCAUUUUGACUACAACACUUCCUUGCAAAACACGCACCCCUUUUCCCCAUUGUUUAACGAAACUGACGGUGACAUCCGCAAUCGACACUCACGAGCUCUUCAACUCGUUACAGCUCAAAUUGGACAGACCAUUGAUGACCUAA